AAAUCGUCGGCGAAAUCCAUCGCUACCGAAUUCAGCGAAAUUGGGAACUAGGGUUCCAUCUUCUCUUAGUUGGGACCAAAAUUAAAGUGGGUUUCUUGAUGCAAUCGAGCACAAUUUUCCCGCCAUUCCGAAAUCAAUUAGAUGCAACCCUUUGCAGUCUCUCACAUCUCCGGAAGAUUCAUCUCUCAGCUACUAAGCAAACGCCCCGGAAUCUCUCAAAUUAAGCAGAUUCACGCGCAGAUCAUCCUCCAAUCACUUGCAUCGACGCGCCUCUCUUUGAUUGAUUCGCUCAUUCACUGCUAUCUUCACUCCAAGAGCCUCAGCUCCGCGAGAAUCUUAUUCGAUAACCAUCGGUCUUCACCGCCCCCGCCGGUUCUGCUAUGGAAUCUCGUGAUGCGCGCUUACUCGAAGCUCCGGAACUCUUCAGAGCCCAUCAAUCUUUUGCGUCGAAUGAUAGACGCUCAAGCGAAACCAGACGAGUACACAUUCACUUUCGUGAUCACUUCCUGCGCUCAUCAAGAUACGGUUUUGUGUGGCCAGGUCGUUCAUGGAAUGGCGGCAAAGAAUGGGAAUUUAUUGAACUUAUACGUGGCUAACUCUUUGAUUGGUAUGUAUGCUGCUUUUGCUAGGGUGGAUGAUGCGUGUGAGGUGUUCGACGGAAUGUCUAAAAGAGACGUGUUUUCAUGGACUAGUUUAGUGUCUGCGUAUGCUAAGAAUGGAGAUAUGUUUAAAGCAGGUGAGGCUUUUCGGAGAAUGCCGUUGAGAAAUGAUGUUUCUUGGGCUGUAAUGAUUUCGGGUUUCGUUAGCUCUGGAAUGUACACUGAGGCCCUCGGAUAUUUUCAUGACAUGUUUCGUGAAUCCAACCCUAACGAAUCUGUUAUCGUCUGUGCUCUCUCUGCCUGUGCUAAUCUCGGGGCUUUCGAUCAAGGGAAGUGGAUCCAUGGCUAUAUCGAUAGUAAUCGGGCUUUGCAAAGUUCUAAUACUAUGACAGCACUCAUUGAUAUGUAUGCCAAGUGUGGGAGGAUAGAUUGUGCGUAUCUUGUUUUCGACAAGAUCACGAAACGAGACAUUCACAACUACACUAGUAUGAUAUCGGGUUUGUCUAUCCAUGGGCGUGGCGAGGAAGCUGUACGCGUGUUUCAGCGAAUGUUAUCUGAGAAGCUGAAACCUAACGAUAUCACUAUUUUGGGGGUUCUCAAUGGAUGCAGCCAUUCAGGCCUUGUGCAGCAUGGCUCGUUGAUAUUUUACAGCAUGGAGAGUUCGUGGGGGGUCGUGCCAAAGAUUGAGCACUAUGGUUGCUAUGUCGAUCUGCUUGGCCGUGCUGGCUAUCUGGCUAAGGCGUUUGGAAUAGUCAAGCCCAUGCCUAUUAAUCCCGAUGUGGUUGUAUGGAGGGCUUUACUCAGUGCCUGCAGAAUCCAUUCGAAUCUGAGUUUUGGAGAGCGCGUAAUCAGUUAUUUAGAGCAACUCGACUGUGGUAGUUACUCUGGGACUAAAGUGCUGCUUUCAAACUUGUAUGCUUCUCUUGGUAAAUGGGGAAAAGUCUCUCAAGUUCGGAAGAUGAUGGGAAGGCAGAAGAAUCCAGCAGAUAUCGGAUGUAGUUGGAUAGAGGUGGACGGUGUUGUGCAUGAGUUCCGAGUUUCUGAUGUGCUUCAUCCUCAGAUAGCUGAGAUUCGGGAGAAGUUGGGUGAGAUAUUGAAAAGAGUUGGUUAUGCUGCUGAUGCCACACGUGUCUCGUUUGAUCUAAGUGAGGAGGAUAGAGAGCAAGCGGUGGCUUGGCAUAGUGAGAAGCUAGCAAUUGCUUAUGGGCUGAUGAAUACUGCUUCUGGUGCUUCGAUUCGAAUAAUGAAGAAUCUGAGGACAUGUGAGGACUGCCAUGCUCUUCUGAAGGCCAUCUCCAAAGUUUAUUACAGAGAAAUCAUAGUUAGAGAUCGUGCUCGUUUCCAUACCUUUAGACAAGGCAAGUGUUCGUGCAACGACUACUGGUAGUACUCGGUUAUCUAACAUCAGAAAUGGAGAAUUAUUGCACUUCAGCAAGAUUGGUGACUGGGAAAACUUUCCUAAUUGGUGAUAAGUUAUUAAUGUUUAUCUUGUGGAGUGACGAACAAUAUUCGUGAUCUGGGCUUCGUAGAUGAUGCUAUGAGUUGUUUGGCACGUUUACAACGACGGUCAGUGAAUCGAGAAAAGGGCAUCUUGUGCAGUAACCAAAGGUAGAUUGAAAAACAUUAUCACUGCAUUAAGCUUGCUCUUGAAAUUUUGUGCUUUUCCACUGAAGAAUGUUAUGACAAGAAACACAUUCUGCUCUUUGUGGAUGAACUCAAUGUAGAUUAAUGUUUUAAGUAAUUCUUAAAAGAUUUUGAGAGGCAGAGUUUAUAUAUGUACAUAAGCUGUUUUAAAUUC